AUGGAGGAUGGAGGGGGAGCCAUGAAGGCUCCCCUUUUGGGGGCUAUGGAAGGGUUUUAUUUUAUGAAUAAGGGAAUAGAUAUGACAGCAUUCGCGUGCAUGGUGAUAGUGCAGUUAGGGUAUGUUGGUAUGAAUAUCAUAGCAAAAUUGGCAAUGAAUACCGGAAUGAGUCCUUUUGUGCUAGUCGCGUAUCGCCAACUUUUCGCUACGCUUUCUAUUCUUCCUCUUGCUUACUUCAUAGAUAGGAAUAAUCGCCCUAAAAUGACACGAGGUAUCUUAUUCCAGAUCUUCUUAUGCUCCAUAUCUGGAGUGACAGUGAAUCAAAUCACAUAUUUCGUGGGACUCAAGAAUUCAACUCCAACAAUCGCAUGCGCGUUAACCAACAUUCAUCCCGUGGUCACCUUUAUCAUGGCCGUCGCCUUUCGACUGGAAAAGAUAGGCGUGAAGACCAGGGGAGAGCAAGCAAAAAUACUGAGGACGGUGUUGUGCGUAGGAGGAGCCCUGUUUUUGUCGUUUUACUCCGGACCAGUUGUCAACAAUGGAGAAUCCACCAUUCACUGGAAAUUUGCAGAGAGAAGUGCUCCAAGCAACACCCAUCCCAGUUUAAUUCUAGGCCCUUUUCUCUUCAUUCUCAGUGCUGUUUCUUGGGCUGUCUACUUGAUCAUCCAAGCAAAAGUAAGCAAAAACUACAAUGUUCCCUACUCAAGCACGGCCAUAAUGUGCGCAAUGGCAACCGUCCAGUGUGUGGCCGUGGCCUUCGCCAUGGAGCCUAAAUUAUCUGCUCGGUCCCUUAACUCCGAACUUAGGCUCGUCUCAUCCAUCUACUCGGUAUAAUAAUAACAUUCUCUCAUUUCAUCAUCAUCUACAUUUAGUUACAAAGUACUAAUAUUAUGUUUGCAUGGAGUAAUGUGCUCAACAGUGGCAUUUUGCCUAAUGGCAUGGUGCAUAGACAGGAAAGGCCCUGUAUGCGUAUCUGUGUCUAGCCCUUUGCUAAUUGUGAUGGUAGCCAUCGUCAGUAUGGUUGUACUUGACGAAAAGAUCUACGUUGGAACAGUUGUUGGAUCUUUGCUGAUUAUUUGUGGACUGUACGGAGUGCUGUGGGGCAAGAAUAUGGAGACCGAUGUUUAUGAAGCGCGGAAGGAGAUGGCUGAGCACAUAUGA